CUCUGCCAGCUUGAGGUCGCUACCAUGUAUUAUAAGUUCAGCGGGCUGACACAGAAACUGGUCGGGGCCGUCCCGGCGGAGGCCUAUAGUCCUCAGGGGCUAAGGCCUAUGUUAUCCGAAGCACCAGUAACAAUAUUUGCUACUCCAACAAAGCUGCCUGCCGAAUCUGCAACAGCAACUACAUACUUGGGGAACAACAGAGUGCCGGACCUGCAGAGACUCUUUCAGAAAAGCGAUGGCCUGCCCGUCCACUUGAAACGAGGGCUUCCUGAUCGGCUCCUGUAUCGGACCACAAUGGCAUUAACGUUAGGAGGGACUAUCUACUGCCUUAUUGCUCUCUACAUGGCUGCACAGCCCAAAAACAAGAAGUAAUGACUGCAACGGCACGGACUGCAACACUUUAAUCCUGCGCAUUGAACAUCAGCAGCAACACUUCUGUAUUUAUUUUUAUUCCAUGUAAUACAUUUUAUUUCAUUAGAUAAAUGAUAUCUAAUUGGCUCAGUGUGUUUCAUGAUUAUUUCAUGGCACUGCAGAACACAGAGUCCUCAAUGCUGAGAACAGGUCAGAAUGUUUUACUUGAAGUUCUUGAUGAACACAGACUAAGCACUUACCGUACGAACCUCUGCUGAGCAUUGUGCUUGAAUGAUUGGUUGGUUUCCCACACAAAAUGGUAGUUCUACCAAUAUCCGACACCCUUUUUCCAAAGGCUCCUCUGCUAUCGGUAGUAUUCUCUGCAACAAUUCUGUAUAAUAUUGUUAUUACAGGAGUUUGUUCCCUGUGUGUGUAUUCGUUCAGACAAGAUAUACAUGUGCGCAUUAAAAGAAUGCAGUUGCAGUUAUACCCAAUCAGAGAGAUAUCUGGAUAUGCUCAUUUCAAAUAAUAGCUUGGGCUUAGUAUAGAACUAGAUUAUAAAUGCAAUAUCUUAGGGCUCAUUUACUGAGAGCGGCCGUGGCAGGUAGCAAAGUAAAACAAAAAAAGCACAGAAAAGCCAUCUUGUUUUUUAAGUUUGCACCCUACAAUUGCCCUGAAAAAAGGGUGCAUUGGAGGACCUGCUUUUCCCCUGUGAAUACUGCACUGCCAGUGUUCAGCAGCACGGUAUUCAUCCUCCCUCCUACUCUCACUUAAAUGAGUAUCCCCUAUUGAUUUCAAGUUUCACUAGUCCUUUAAAGGAGCUCCUGUCCUAAAAUUCAGGCUUUUCUUUGCAAAUGCACAGGCCAUUACUUUAGAUUGAUACAUGCAAAAUCAUAUUAAGACUUUUAGAGAGGGGUUUGCAGGUUUCUGUUAUAUUUUAAUCUUUGCUGGUUCUCAUAUCUAUAGGCCGGGAGAUUGCUGCAGGGCAUAACUGUUAUACCAGUGUUGUUAGAAGACAUAUAGACACAUGGGGCCAGAUUCGGUUCAGUGAGAAAAAUGUUUAUCACAUGAAGUAUCAUGGACUUAAUUUUGAGAUGCAAUUCUAAUCAGCAAAACUCAUCUAAAAGAGUUUUCACAUGAACAGAAUUUGGAGAAGUUUUUUUCUCUUCGAAUUAUAUGUCAUCCACAAGUUUUUCAAUGUUAUAAUCCAUGAGAACUCUUUCUCACUGAAUUAAUUCCGACUCAUCAUUGUUCCAAUUGUAGCUCACCACAAACCUAUUGGAGAUCUCUCAUGUUCUUGCACUCUGCUUAUGGGCUUAAGAGCCACAGUCCAACAGAAUAAGCCACACGAUUGUUUUAUUUUUAAAAUCCAGCUCUGUCAUUGGUCUAAAGCGCUCUUUAUCAUUGCAUUGGUGCCAGCCUUUCAUAUGGGGCCAUACAUGAGAAAAGACUAGAUUUACAACACAUACCACUGUUGCAAACCUGAUAUGCUGUUAAACGGGUUGUUGUUUCUUCUGCUUCAUGUUUUACUAAACCAAAAAUUCUGUCUUUAAAAGCCAUAACUCAUUUAUUUUUAUAAUGGAAUAAAUACAGAAAUAAAGUCCUAUUGAAUGC